AACCGUAGUAAACGAAAGUGUACAGUGACCAAUAGCAACUUAAUUGUUGUUAGACGUUUAACACCCUGGAACUCAACAUAAGAUUAAUUUAACCGCACAGUAUCACAUACUUAAUCCCGGUAUUCUUUAAAUGUCAUUGGAGACGACUUGGUUGAUAGAUGUGAACUAGGUAACGCUAGCUAGCUGCUAACAAUGGCUAACUGUAUGGUUUUUCACUCUCAAAUGGCCUCCAUUAUGGAAGUUCUAGCAAAUGCUGCUGUGGCUGAGAUAUGUAAACUCGUAGAUGACGACUAUGCAGUGUUUCGUUUGGAAAUAACUCAAAGCCAGAAAGAAAACAGUGCAUUACGGAGGAAACUACAGCUACUGGAAAUUAAGGUGGCACGGGAGCGCGCAGAGAGGACAACGAGAGAGCGCGUCCUCGCCAGUCAUCCCUGUAAUGUCAAGAUCCUUGACCGAUACAGAGGAAAGGCAAAAGGUGAAAGACAUCUCACUGGAGGCCACAUGAGUUUUGUGAAGCCAGCAGGACAAAAUACAUGGCGAGAUGACCACCCAAUCACUGUUGAUGAGGGGAUAGGAAACUCAACCCAUCAUGUUAUAGAGUCUGCAGAUGCAGAGGAUGCAGGUCCUGGGGUCAAGCAGGAGAUGACUGAAGGAGAGGAGGACCCACGGCACAGCAGAGACAUCCAGACUGGUGUGCCCCCUGUAGCAACGGAGAACCCCUCCGCCGCCCAAGAGCAGUCCAGGACCCAAUGCAGCAUCAUGGAGGUCAAUGGAACGCUGAACGCCAUCCUCAAGUCAGAGACAGACACCGAGACUUUAACGGGGAUAAACCGACUGGGCUGUCAACCUGCUCCACGCUCAGAGUAUUUACUUUACGGCAACCUGAGCCCAAGGACUGUUCUGUCCCAUCAGGACUCAGGUGACACUUUACAGACUCUCAAUGAUCCAUCGUGUUCAUACACUACAGAGACAGAGAUGAUACCUGGUGACAUGCCUGUGGUAUUAGAUACACAGACUAAUCCAAUGAAAGUGGACUGGAACCAGUACAGUAGUAGUGGAUACUCGGAAGGGUGCCGAGAUAAGAAAGGAGAGGGUCUGGUCGUAGAUGAGGUGACUGUGAAAGUGGAGGACGAUGCUCCUCUGAUAUGGAGUGCAGACGAAACUCAUUUAGGAGAAGGACACUCGCAGGGCAACACCAGUGACUUCUUUGACUACAGAGAAAGCUUAGAGACGAAUCGAAAUGUCGAGACCCACUCCCCUUUACACGCGUUCAAGGAUCGCGACCCAUUAUCCAUGUCGAUGGGGCCUUCAGAUUCACAUAGGAAACAAAAGGCCAAGGUGCGAGGAGGGGGAGCCACAUCAGGCAAUAGUAAAGAGAAACGGUUCCUCUGCAUGUUCUGUAACAAAGGCUUCCGCUGCCCCCAGAAGGUGGACAUCCACCAGAGGGUUCACACAGGGGUGAAACCCUUCAGCUGUACCCAGUGUCACAUGUGCUUCGCUCAGGCAUGCACCCUGAAGAGGCACCAGAGGGUCCACACAGGGGAGAAACCCUUCAGCUGUACCCAGUGUCACAUGUGCUUCGCUCAGGCUGGUGACCUAAAGAGGCACCAGAGGGUCCACACGGGAGAGAGGCCUUUUGCCUGUGCACACUGCGGGAAGAGGUUCUCAGAGAAGAGCUACCUCAGGUUACACCAGCAGAAAAAACACUCCACUCUAUAACAAACACUUAUAUCAAAAGAGAAAGAUUCAUUUUAGUUGUAAAUAUCCACAGAUGCAUUUGGAUAUUCCUGGGUAGAAUAUUACAUGCAGACAUUGUGUUAAGGAAUACUGUAUAUACAGUCCCUACGGUGCAUUUGGAAAGUGCAUUCGGACCCCUUGACUUUUUCCACAUAUUGUUACAUUACAGCCUUAUUCUAAAAUUGAUGAAAUAAUUUUUCCCCCUCAAUCUACACACAAAACGUGUUUUUAGACAUUUUUGCAAAUUUAUUAAAAAUCAACUGAAAUCACAUUUACAUAAGUAUUCAGACCCUCUACUUAGUACUUUGUUGAACACCUUUGGCAGCAAUUACAACUUCAAGUCUUCUUGGGUAUGACGAUACAAGCUUGGCACACCUGUAUUUGUGGAGUUUCUCCGAUACUUCUCUGCAGAUCCACUCAAGCGCUGUCAGGUUGGAUGGGGAGCAUCGCUGCACAGGUAUUUUCAGGUCUCUCCAGAGAUGUUCGAAAGGGUUCAAGUCCAGGCUCUGGCUGGGCCACUCAAGGACAUUCAGAGACUUGUCCCGAAGCAACUCCUGCAUUGUUCUGUUGGAAGGGGAACCUUCGCCCCCAGUCAGGUCCUGAGCGCUGUGGAGCAGGAUCUCUCUCUGUACUUUGCUCUUUUCAUUUUUCCAUCGACCCUGACAAGACUCCCAGUCCCUGCUGCUGAAAAAUGGUGCCGGGUUUUCUCCAGACGUAAUGCUCAGCAUUCAGGACAAAAGGUUCAAUCUUGGUUUCAAUCUGACCAGAGAAUCUUGUUUCCAGAGUCCAUUAGGUGCCUUUUGGAAACUCCAAGCGGGCUUUCAUGUGCCUUUUACUGAAGAGUGGCUUGCGUCUGGUCACUCUACCAUAAAGGUCCGAUUGAUGGAGUGCUGCAGAGAUGGUUGUCCUUCUGGAAGGUUCUCCCAUCUCCACAGAGGAUCUUUGGAGCUCUGUCAGAGUGAUCAUCGGGUUCUUGGUCACCUCCUUGACCAAGGCCCUUCUCCCCUGAUUGCUCAGUUUGGCCGGAUGGCCAGCUCUAGGAAGUCUUGGUGGUUCCAAACUCCUUCCAUUUAAAAAUUAUGGAGGCCACUGUGUUCUUGGGGACCGUCAAUGCUGCAGACAUUUUUUGGUACCCUUCCCCAGAUCUGUGCCUCGUAACAAUCCUGUCUCGGAGCGCUACGGACAAUUCCUUCGACCCAAUUGCUUGGUUUUUGCUCUGACAUGCACUGUCAACUGUGGGACCUUAUAUAGACAGGUGUGUCCUUUUCCAAAUCAUGUCCAAUCAAUUGAAUUUACCACAGGUGGACUCCAAUCAAGUUGUAGAAACAUCAAGGAUGAUCAAUGGAAUCAAUGGAUGCAACUGAGCUGAAGUCUCACAGCAAAGGGUCUGAAUAAUUAUGUAAAUAAGGUAUGCUUUUUAAAAUGUUUAAUACAUUUGCUAAGAUGGUUUUUGCUUUGUCAUUAUGGAUUAUUGUGUGUAGAUUGAGGAUUUUUUUUAAAAUUUAAUGCGUUUUAGAAUAAGGCUGUAAAGUCAAGGGGUCUGAAUAUUUUCCAAAUGCACUGUAGCUCCUUUCAUAUUUUUUUUGAUCCUGACCAGUGUUGGAAAAAGCACAAGUCAUACGUGAGUAUAAGUAAAGAUACCUUAAUAGAAAAUGACUCAAGUAAAAGUGAAAGUCACCCAGUAAAAUACUACUUGAGUAAGUCUAAAAAUAUUUGGUUUAAAAUAUACUUAAGUAUUAAUAAUAUUUAAUUCCUUAAAUUAUGCAAACCAGACAGCACAAGGUUGUUGUUUUUUAAAUUUUAUUUAUGGAGAGGUGCACACUACAAACAAAGCAUUUGUGUUUAGUGCAUCUGCCAGAUCAGAGGCAGUAGGGAUGACCAGGGAUGUUCUCUUGAUAAGUGUGUGAAUUGGACUAUUUUCCUGUCAAUGUACUUUUGGGCGUCAGGGAAAAUGUAUGGAGUAAAAAGUACAUUAUUUUCUUUACGAAUGUAGUUAAGUAAAAGUUGUCAAAAAUAUAAAUAGUAAAGUACAGAUGUUUCGUGUAGGUUUACCCUGGGGUGACGUUUUGGUAACCAUGUAAAUCUCCCGGACAUGGUGAAUUUGAUCAAUAUAUUCAGCAUCAAAGUAGACAUCAUGCAAGACUACAAAUCCCUGCAAAGCCAUCUCUAGCUGACACCUUUGCUAACUCGUUUGUGUCAUUUUAAAACUUGCAGAAGACCGUUCACAGAAUUGUCAAUUUAAAGAAAUGUAGGCAAUUUAUAUUAUACAGGCGAAUAUAUUGAUAAGUCACCUUGUCCUUGAGAUUUACACCGUUAUCAAAAUGUCACGCCAAGGUAAGCCUACACGAAACACAGUCCUUAUUUGAAGUGUUUCUUAAAUCCCCCAUGGGAAAAAAUGAAUGCUGGAAAAACAAUUGGAUAAAGUUCCUUGUUUGACUGCUAGGUUAUAUGGGUAUUAUGACUCAUACUAUGGCACUCUAUAUGGAACUGGAUGAGGUGAACUGAGGAAAGAAGGAGUACAAUGAGACAGAGUAGAUGAUAUGGUGAUGGUUGGUGUGAUGGUGUCUGUAAAAAUGCUUCACUGAUGAAGAGUGACAACCUGUCAUGUAGGUUGAUACUGGUGUUUUAUAAUGAGGAAAUUAUAGUGCCUUAAUUCAUGUUUACUUGACAUGUGUAAUGUUAAACCUUUUCCAAAGUAUUCAACAAUUCAUUUUAUCAAAGCGAGGGAACCAGAUUUACAGAAACUGUAAUGUGUUACCAUAGUGAGAAAAGCUAUUCUACUUGUCACAGGUAUAGUUUUGUGCAAUAAAGGUACAUUGAGUGUACAAUAUGACCAUGUUGUUGAAAUUAAAUACAACAUUUACUGA